AUGAAGCUGGUCGUUGCACAAGUCAUUAUGACAGUGACCUCACUGCUUCCUGUUUCCAUCGGAGAGGGGGCCGUGAAAGGAGCCAUGGCAGUGGAGGGUCGUGAAUGGGGACCAGAAGGUGUCAUGGAUGUGACUACAUUUGCUCUUUUGGUGGUUGCUGCAGUCUCUGCCUCCAUCUUCACGGUGUCUCUUACAGUUCAGCCUGCCAGUCUCUCUCCGAUCUAUAACUACAGUGCUUGUCAAGAUGUGGAGCUGUCCUUGCAGAUCGGUGACACUGUUCACAUCCUGGAGAUGUAUGAGGGUUGGUACAGAGGGUACACUCUCCAGAAUAAAUCUAAAAAGGGUAUUUUCCCUGAAACGUACAUUCAUUUGAAAGAGGCAACUGUGGAAGACCGAGGGCAGCACGAGACCGUGAUUCCCGGGGAGCUCCCGCUGGUGCAGGAGCUCACGUGCACUCUGCGAGAAUGGGCGGUCAUCUGGCGCAAGCUCUAUGUGAACAACAAGAUCACACUCUUCCGCCAGCUGCAGCAGAUGACAUACAGCCUGAUCGAGUGGCGCUCCCAGAUCCUGUCUGGGACACUCCCCAAGGACGAACUGGCAGAGCUCAAGAAGAAGGUCACAGCCAAAAUCGACCACGGGAACAGAAUGCUGGGACUAGAUCUGGUAGUGCGAGAUGACAAUGGGAACAUUCUGGACCCUGAUGAAACCAGCACCAUUGCCCUCUUCAGAGCCCACGAAGUGGCCUCCAAAAGGAUUGAGGAAAAGAUCCAGGAAGAAAAGUCCAUUCUGCAGAACCUGGACUUGCGGGGCCAGGUCAUCUUCAGUGCUAUUCACACCUAUGGCCUGUACGUGAACUUCAAGAAUUUUGUCUGCAACAUCGGGGAGGAUGCGGAGUUGUUCAUGGCCCUCUAUGAUCCAGACCGGUCCACCUUCAUCAGUGAGAACUACCUAAUUCGCUGGGGCAGUAAUGGGAUGCCCAAGGAGAUAGAGAAACUCAAUAACCUUCAAGCAAUAUUCACUGACCUCAGCAGCACUGACCUCAUCCGGCCUCGCAUCAGCCUGGUCUGCCAGAUUGUCCGGGUUGGCCGUAUGGAGCUGAAGGAGGGCAAAAAGCACACCUGUGGGCUCCGGAGGCCUUUUGGAGUAGCAGUGAUGGAUAUUACCGAUAUCAUACACGGGAAGGUGGACGAUGAAGAAAAGCAGCAUUUUAUUCCCUUCCAGCAGUAA